AUGGUAACUGUACAAACACAACCAACUGGAAAUGUUUGGGAUUUUGAAAAUGAAUGGAGUACAGCUGUAUGUGGUUGUUGUUAUGAUGUUGGAGUUUGUUGUAGAGCUCAUUGGUGUUUUCCUUGUUUUAUGUGUCAAUUACACGCACGUACUAAUGAAUGUUUAUGUACAGGAUGUUUACCAGGAGGAAAUACAGGAUUAAGAACUAAAAUUCGAACAGGUUUUCGAAUUCGGGGAGGAGUAGGUGGUGAUGCAUUUAUCAUGUGUUUUUUUCCAUGUUGUGGUGCUAUACAAAUGUAUAAUGAACUCGAAUUUCAAGGACUAUGA